AUGACCGACUAUGCGCCACGAAGCAGUCAGGAUUACAAUUCCUUCUUUCAAAGUCCGCACCUCGCCAUGUCGCAUUAUUCCAAUGGAACCGGUCUCAGCUACCUCUACAGUGAUGGUCAAGUUCAGUAUCAGACUGUACACACCCCGUGUUCGACGUACUCAGCAAACUACGCACCGAGUCCAGGAACGUCGGCUCCUCCUCUCUAUUUGCCUCCAACAUCCGGUUCACAACUCAAUUAUUCAUUUGUAGGCCCACGAGUUCCUACGCUUCCUUCCCAGUCUCGUGCUUUCCCACAGAGCUCUUACUACAGCACGUCCUCGGGGAAUCGGACGACUUCACACCAUCAACGACUCGCUCCUCCACGAGAAUACACUUCAAUGGAUGGCACAGAGUGUCAAGACUCUCCAAACGAGGACACAAUGCUGUCAGAACCUGUUCUACCCCCACUUGAGGGCUAUCCGGAUGUACAUGAAUUCGAUGAGCUGAUGAAACGUUACGUCCAAGACCUCUCUCCCAAGAAACAGGACAAAGCUCUCAUUCAUGCGCGGCGAGCUGCCAACAUCAAGCAUGUACUCAUUGACAAGAAGACAACGGCCAUAGAGUCGGCGCAAUUCAGGUUUUGGGUCAAGAAGAUGUUUACACUGCAACCUAACGACAGCAAAAUCCCAGAGCAUUUAAGGAAGAUUUGCCAUGAAGGGAAACCAGUGGCAGUGCGGGAGAAGUUGUUUAAGAUCCUGACCAAGGCACACAAACAGUGUCAACACGGCGGACGAGACAAAACAUCUGCGCAGGUCAGAAAGGUGUACUCAUGGGUACCCAAAGAGCUCAUUUCAAGAUUUGUCAAACUGUGUCCCACUUGCCAGGUCAGACGAGGGGCCAGUCGUAACUCGCCUCCAGAUUCAGUGAAAAGCCCCGAAACGAAUGCAGAAGCUCACUCGCCAGAGGCAUUAUCUGUGGCCGGAUCAAGGAAGGGCUCUACGGUAAUCAGGCAGGCAGCUGUAAAUACAUGCUUGCCUUUGCAGACAGCGGGAUUCAAAACGAGCUCGGCUUUUCAACAGCAGAACCGGUGGAUGACACCGUUGCAGUCUCAUUCAGAGGUCAGCCAUGUCUCUGCUGGACUGAAGCAUGACCCUCUCAGUCACCGCGACCACUACCACACCGGACCCGCCAUGUCCAUGAAUUGUACCAAUGCAACACCACCGGGUUUGAACUUUCCAUCUGUCAAUAACUUUGGAAAUGCCACAGGACAUUCACCAGCAUAUAAUUCAUCUUCACUGCCCCAAAAUGUGCAUGGCAAUGUACCAACAGAACCAGCGUAUGGAAUCAAGGUCGAACAUUAUAUUUGA